GAGUAGAUAAGGGAGGCGAGGGGAUAUUUCUCGUUCCCAUCAACAACUCAUCCCCAAUCCAACUUAAGCGGCGGCCGUCUGCACCACUACCACCAACCUCCGCCACCGGCGUCUGGCUCACCGGCGCGAAUUCGAAGCCCCCGGUGCGGCCUCCUCCUCUGAAGAAGAUCCACCAGGAAGGUCUGUCCCGGGCGCGGCUGCAUUGGAGUGGCCGUUGGCCAGUCCGAGAACCACCGCGCGGCUGCGUUGCAGCUCGGCCCGCGGCACUAUGUGCCAGCGGCGGGGCGCCGAUGGGCCAGUGGAGCUGCUCGCCCAGUUGUCGAAGACGUCUCCGAGCGCAGCAGCCCGCGCGGGGAGGCGCAGCCCGAGGCUAGCGCUCGACGAAGAAGCCCCAGCGCCGGCCGCCUCGUGCGCCGGCGUCGGAGAUGGAAGACGCGGGGAGUCCGGCUGCGCGGGCUCCGCGAGCGGCACAGGCGGCGCAAGUUCGGCUUCCUCCUGGACCUCGUAAUCUUGUGGCGGGGGUGGCUGCAGCCUGCAGGACCAUCCAUGGCCCCCAACCAUGCACCGGGCACGGACGCGGUGGUGGAGGAGCCGCAAGUUCCGGCUCAACGUCGACGUCCACUGCGUCGUCCGCGGGCUCCAGUACAUCGUUCGCGUACAGGUUUGGAGCGGCCGGUCCGGCAAGAAUCCAGGCCGGGAGCGGCGCCGCCGCCGGCAUGGCCGGUUCGGGCGGAGCAUUAGAAGGCCCAGCACCAUGGCGACCUCGGACGCCAUGUCCAAGACGUGGUCCACGGCGACGGAAACCGUUCCGGCGGCCUCCGAACCGGCGCAGAUCACGGGCGUGGCGGUUGUGGCGGCGAAGUCCACCAACACCAUGGCGACGGCGACGGCCCUGUCGGCGUCUACCGCCGCUACGAACAAGGUGCGGGAAGAAGGACAGGAGACCACGAGGCAUCCUCUCACCUUUUGCUUUCUUCCCUUCUGGCUCUUUUUUCCGGCGACUGUCGCCGGCGUGAUUUGCCUAUGCGUGCUUUGGGCAGAGACAAGUGUUAAUAAUGUGUGAAGAAUGAUUUGAUCGAACCGUAACUUUCAUUGAUGAUCCA